AUGAAGGACUACCUCUUUCCCAGCAAGCCGUUGGCGAAUCCUAAAUCUAUUGUUCAAGGAUCCAACUACCGCUUCACAAUCCUCACCGACCGGCUCUUCCGGUACGAAUGGGCAGAAGACGGCAUCUUCGAGGACCGCGCAUCAACCUUCGCCAUCAACCGCGAACUACCCGUCCCCAAAUUUCGGACUGUCGACCAAGAAGAUGAGCUGGAAAUCAUCACCGAGCACUUCCACCUCAGCUAUGACAAGAAGCGCUUCAGCUCCAGCGGUCUCAUGGCCAGUUUCAGCGCCAAGAUCACGCUCUGGGGCGCGCAAUGGCGCUUCGGAAGUGGAAGGCAGAGAGAGAACCUGGGUGGUACGGCGAGGACGCUGGAUGAGGUUGAUGGGCGGUGCGAUAUGGGCGAGGGUGUGAUUUCUAGAUUUGGGUAUGCGGAGAUUGAUGACAGUAAGUCGAUGUUAUUUGAUGGGCAGGGGUUUGUGGCUGGACGGCCGGCGGGGGAUAGGGUCGAUGGGUAUGUUUUUGCUUAUGGGCAUGAUUAUCGCGGGGCAGUACAGGCGCUGUAUCAGGUGAGUGGGCAGCAGCCUGCUGUGCCGAGGUAUGCGUUGGGGAAUUGGUGGAGUAGGUAUUAUGCGUAUUCUCAGGAGGAGUAUGUCGCUUUGAUGGAUAAAUUCAAGAAGAUGGAUGUUCCGCUUUCGGUUGCUGUCGUGGAUAUGGAUUGGCAUAUGGUGGGGGAUGAUGCCGUUCCUCAUGCUGGAUGGACGGGAUAUACCUGGGAUCAGAAGCUCUUCCCUGACCCGAAGAAAUUUGGGAAGGAUCUCCAUGAUCGAAAGCUCAAGAUUACCUUGAACGAUCACCCCCAUGCAGGAAUCCACUACCACGAAGAUGGGUACGAGGAGAUGGCAGCUUUUCUCCGUCACGAUACAACGCACAAGAACCCCAUUUUAUUCGACCCUACCAAUCCCAAGUUCAUGGAAGGCUACCUCCGAAUUCUGCACCGCAACAUUGAGGAUGUGGCAUGUGACUUCUGGUGGAUCGACUGGCAGCAAGGCGAGCAUUCAAAAGUACCUGGUCUCGACCCCCUCUGGAUGUUGAACCACUUCCACUUCGUGGACGCCGAAAAGAAAGGCGAACCCCUCAUCUUCUCACGGUACGCCGGACCAGGAAGCCACCGAUACCCCGUCGGAUUCUCAGGCGACACCAUCACAACCUGGGCAUCUCUUGAAUUCCAACCCGAAUUCACAGCCACAGCCUCCAACAUCGGCUACGGCUGGUGGAGCCACGACAUAGGCGGACACAUGAUGGGCAGCCGCGACGACGAGCUCGUCACCCGCUGGAUCCAAUUCGGGGUCUUCUCACCCAUCAUGCGCCUCCACUCUGCCAACAACCGCUGGUCCUCAAAAGAACCCUGGCUCUACCGCAAAGAAUCUGAAAUAGUAAUCUCAGACUUCAUGCGCUACCGCCACCGUCUGGUGCCGUAUAUCCACUCCGCUGCUGAGCCGCUCAUCCAGGCUAUGUAUUGGGAUUUCCCCGAUCGGGAUAUCGCAUAUAGCGUGCCGAACCAGUAUUUCUUCUCGGAGCUGAUCGUGGCGCCGAUUGUGAAGCCGCGCAGUAAACGCACCAAUCUCGCGAAAGUGAAAGCUUGGUUGCCGUACCGCUGUGUUGAUAUCUUCACUGGGACGGUCUACGAUGCGGGCGAAGUCGAGAUGUAUCGCACGCUAGGCGAGAUUCCGGUUUUGGCGAGAGAAGGGUCUAUCGUACCGCUGGAUGUCAAUCCUUCGAAUGGGUGCUUGAGGCCGGAUGAGUUUGAAGUGCUGGUUGUGGUUGGGAAGGAUGGCAAGUUUGAACUUGUUGAGGAUGAGAGGACGUAUAUUGUUACGUUUGACCAGAAGACUGGAAUUCUGAAGUCAGAUAUCGACCGCCCUUGCACGUUCCGCUUCCUUGCACUCACAGCCUCACCACCCUCUCUCAGUACCUCGCCGACUAACUCCAAAAUCUCAUUCGAAUCCUACCCCUCUGUUCCCAGUAUGUUGAUUUCUAUCCCUGGACCAGGACCAAUUGAAAUUAAACUCGGACCUGAUCCACAGCUCGGCAAAAUCGAUCAGAAGGAUCGGAUCGAGAAGAUGUUACUGGAUUAUCAGAUUGAGUUUGAUAUUAAAGAGAAGAUCUGGAAUGCGGUUGAGGAGGAGGGUUUGGGCAUUAAUGUUAGGGUUAGGAGGUUGCUGGGUACCGCUGACGAGGAGUUGGUUGGGCCGGUGGUGGAGUUGGUUCUUGCUGAUGGGAGGGUGUGA